GAGCCGGCAUUUUAAACCAGCCGAAGUCGUCUGCUGGCUGUCAGUGGUUGAAAGGAAAGCCGUUUCUCCCAGCAAACUCCGCUAUCGUGUGAAUUCAGUGCAUGAGCUAGUGUCAACAUUCGUCCAACAAGAUGUCCGAAAACAGAGCAACAAAAAGCGGAAUUGCCCGUGAUGUGCAGCAGAAGAUCGCCGGCAAGUAUGACAAGGAGAUGGCAGCCAAGUGCAUGUCGUGGCUGGCACGAGUGACAGGGGAGCCUCUCAAUACCAGCGGAGAAAUGGACACCGUCUACGAGGCGCUUGGCGACGGCUAUGUACUGUGCAUCCUCGCCGACAGGAUCAAACCCGGCUGCGUGCCGGCCGGCAAGCUGAAGAAGCGUCCCGCCAUGGCCUUCGCCAAGAUGGAGAUGAUCGAGCUGUUCAACCAGAAGAUCAAGCAGCCGCCACUCAGCGUGCCCGAGCACGCAUGCUUCGCGACCCCUGACCUCUACGAGAAGCAGAACAUGGUGCAGGUCAUCACGUGCUUGGAGUCUGUCGCGCGCAAGUGUCAGGCCCCUGAUAUCCCUGUCGAGGGUUUCGGACCCAAAGAGGCAGAGGCUAACCGCCGCGAUUUUUCGGAGGAGCAGCUGAACCAAGGCAAGAACAUCAUCGGACUGCAGAUGGGAAGCAACAAGGGGGCCUCUCAAUCUGGCCAGAACUUCGGCAAAGCUCGACAUAUUGUGGACUGAACGCCAGCUGACAAACCUCUUCUCUGCCACACACAAUCCACACAGCCUCCUGACCACACAAUUCAUUUCAGGCUGUGACUGAAAACAAACUGUCUGGAGGGCUCAUGGGUUACAUUAUGUAUUUCUUUCUCUUUCACCAUAGGAGUCUAUUACAAAUUUACAGACUUUACUAAUUAGUUGGGACAAUUUUAAUAGUUAAACAGAUGUUCUUUGAGUCUUGAAGGCUAAUGUUUCAAAGAAGCAUUUCUUAGGUAGAAAUAUACUUGAAAAACGAAAUGCGCCAGCAAGUAAGCAACUUUUAGAAGUCGAUCAGUGCAGCACAGGGGCGAUAACCAGCGUCUUUAGCUUUCGGGCCGCAACACCUGCGAUGCUUAAAGCAUCCUCAUUAACGAUUUUAAAAAAUUAAACUUGACAGACUGGACAUUUUUCUGCUUAUAAGCAGUAAGCUAAACACUUCGAGAAUGUUCUUUCACAAGUAGACUAGGAAACCCUACCUGUAGCACAUUCAGCGCAAAUAUUGCAGUUUGCUUUAAAUGGCCAUUUUGCAUGUCUGAGAUAGAUAAAGUUCAGUAAGCUAAGCAUGUAACCGAACAUACUUUUCUCAAAGACUAUGCAAUGCAAUGAGAGGUACACGACUGAGUUUGAAGAGUGGGAAAUGGCCGUUGUUCAUUGGCUGCUCUCGCUUUUUAUGUCAUUCCGUAAUCUCUCUCGUUUUUGUUUUGCCAGAAUUGUGUACAGUCCCAAUAGGCACUCCAAGUCCUUUUGCCACAUAUGUUACGAGUAUAUUUCAGUAGUGCAUUGGUAUAUGGCAAUAUUCUAUUUGCGUGGCGCGCAAUACUGCAGCUUAGAGGUCUGGGUCGCUACCGUAAGCUCGCAAACUAAGGGGCAGCUCUGGUUGGACACGAUUUUACAGGUGUACCAUAAGAGUGCAUGCUGAGAUGGGAACAGGAGCCGAAGUAGUUGCCUGUUAGCAUGUGGCGCUGGCCUGUUUCUCUCACUUCAGGGUGUAGGCCAAAAUUCGCCACUUAAGUUGCCGAAAGGGCAAAAUUUGCCACUUCAUGUUGUUGAGGGACCAGCAGUUGCUGCCUCAGGUUGCGAGACUUUCUGACACGACAGAAGACCUUUAAAAGCCCGAUACUGAUUGUAGUGGUGCUAAUGUGUUUCACACUAUGCUGUCUGCUGGCAGUGCGCACACACACAAACACAAAUACACACGCGCGCAUGUUCGCACAUACCACACAACACAACUACAUAACGAGUUUCAGUAACCGUUAAAGCAAUAUUUAUUGUAAUGAUUAUCCUUCAUUCCACCUGCAGGCUAUCUGUACAACCUUUAAGUCGUCUGCUAAAAUUCCCAGGCAUUCUCCAAAUAUUAUUCUAUGUAUCGUUGUCUGCUUCAUAGGCUGUGUAUAUUUGAGUGGGUUUUUUUUUUUCAUCAUACCAUAUUAUUCAUAUUCGUCAUUUUUUUCAUCGGGGACCAACUUACGCCUCUAAUGCUCUUGCAACCAGUCCGAUUUCUUCUUUGCAACGAGCACUUAAUAUCAUUUCUUUUGCGGACAGAUCAGUCACGUGCCUUCUCUCUUCAAUGUGUUAAGUAGCAGCAAAACAGACAACACUAUCAUUUCAUCCUUUCAAGUUAAUAGUGAAAUUAAAUAAAAGCAAACUUUUUACUUUUUCAUUGAUGGGUUGAUCUCGGAAGCUGUAAGAAAAUGGCGAUCGCGUUGUUUGAAAAUCGCAAUGUCUUUACAGAUGUGCUGAGCAUUUGACUUUUAAGUGUAAAGCCUGUUUAAGGCCCAGUUUAGCAUAGCAAGACACCAGAGACAGGGUGGGGAAGGUGUUUAGCAUCUGACAGUCGGGCUCUAGGAAGCCACCUGAACAAUGUUGCGGGACCAGAAGAGAGGACAUGAUGCCAGUAGCCUCUACACUUCUACUUACCGGGUUAAUCUGUAAAACAAGCUAAUGAUGUGAAAUCAUGGCUUUUGUCCAUUCGUUUAAUUUCUUCUCAUUUCAUCAUGGCUGUAUGAAAGCCAUUUUCUGUGGAACCACUGAGAACUUCGAGCAAGUGAUAUGUCUCCUUUUUGCUGUUGUUUCUUCCCGCCUGUAAUCGGCAAAGGCAGUUUGUCAAAUAAAUGAUCUGUGUCCUUAAA